AGCGGGAGGAGGAGUCGGGAGGAGUGGUGAGAUGUUGGGGAAAGGGACUUGAGGGAAGAUGGAGAUGUGUUUCCAUGGAGUUGCCCGGCCGGGCAUGAGAACAGUUGAUUUUUGGCGCACUGAUUUUGAAUGUGGCACAUGUCCGAGUGGAAGAGAGGUUCGAAGAGCUUGUUUUCGUGCUUGCAGCGGGAUGGGCAUGCUUCUUGGAAUGCAUGGCGCUUGACUGGACAAAGAGCUCUUCUCCACCAAGCUAUACCAAACUGCUUGAGAGACGUCAACCAUUUUGCUUUGACGUGAAGAUCUGGUUCUGUGCAGUUCACCUUCGCAAGACCAGUUCGGACGCCCAGCCAUCGCAGCCAUGCGCCGUUGCCGCCGUUGCCAUGGCGGCGGCGGCUUGGCGUGUUCCUCCGCCGAGGGAGCUUCGGGCGGAGCUGCCCUUGGUGCGGCACUACAAGGAGCAAGUGUCCGCUGCCUUUGUAGCGCUCUUUCGAGGCGAGGAACUAUUCCUGGUACGGGGCCGGCAGAGUGGGCUUUGGCAGCUGCCUGGUGGAAUGAUUGAGGCCUCGGACUUGAACGUGUGGGAUGCGGCGGCGCGGGAGUUCUACGAGGAGACCGGAAGCCAAGCGCCGCUCCCGUCUUCGCGCUUGCAAGGAUGGUUCGAGACCACCAUUGAACUCCCUUCGGGCGGCUUAUUUCGAGGAGUGAUCUUUGUUCUGCAGACCGAGGCCACCUGUGAGGUGCCUUUUGCGGUGAAUGGAGAGACGCGUGAGGCGCUCUGGAGACCUUGGCGGAACUUGGAGGACCUGGACUUCCGUUGGCCCAACGACCAGACCAUCCCUCAAAUCUUUGACAUGGCCCAGGCUGAGGAUGGCCGCCGUCCAGUGGUGCGCGCUGGCUGCUACAUGGAGAUGAGGCCCACCUUGCGAUGUGGCGGACACAUGCGGGAGUCUGCCCCUGAGAAGUAGAGAACCGUUUCCUCUGAUUCAGGCUAUGCUUCUAGGUUGGAGGCCAUCUCUCUUGGGUGGAGGCCGUUUGGACUACCUCCGGCCCCGAACCCCCGACCCGACGACUGCUGAAGCGUGCCAAGCCUCGCGUCCCGUGACGGUCUCGGGAUUUGCUGCAUGAGGGACGAGGUGUAAAGUCCACCUAGUAGCGUCCGAUCGCUCCGUUCGUAGCGAUGCCAGUUUCGCCCCGGCCCUCGUAGCGUCCGAUCGCUCCUAACAUUGAAUCCAUGGAGUCUCAUCGUUUUGAGGGUGGAAAGACGGAAGCCGUUCGUUUCAUGGAUCCGUAAGACGAGCCUUUUGAGCCACAGGAUCCGACCAUCACACGAAGCAUCACCGCACACGAACCCUGCGUGAAGCGAUCCUGUUGCGGUGGCCCGAAGCGAUCCUUUUGCAGUGCGAUCCUUCGGGACCGAGUAGCUCAGGGAGCUCCAUGUGCAGGGAAGAAAAGACAGUGUGAUGCUGGCUGGUAGAAGCGACGGCGUGGAUUGCAGUCACUGGAAUAAGCACAGGGCUUCCAUUGCCAUGAUCAGGACCUACUCUUGCUCAGCUUCUGGUAAUCCUUCACAAGUCAGUC